AAUAGUGAAUAGAGUAACGAGCGGCAGCGUUUUACGCGGUCUAAAACAGACCGCGAGGUCCGAAAACAAACAAAACGAAAGAGCCGCGUAGGGUUUUGACUGGCCAAGCCCUUCCCUUCCACGCCAUUUACUCGCUCUCUCCGCGCCCAUCCAUUCGGUGAAACCAAGCACGAAUCGGAAUCAGUAAAAUAUAUAAAUAUUCAAUCAAUCCCACUUCGAUUUUCCCUCCGCCCCCACCAUUUUGCCAUUGUUGUUCAUCUUUUUCAAUCUGUAAUUCAUUCAGAUCUUGCUUUCUCUCAGUGGAUGUAUGGAGGAUUCCGACAUCACGAUGGAUCGAAGAAUGUUUGGUUUCGGUUUCGACGAUUGAAGGUAUAAGCAGUUUUUUUUAAGCUCUGGGCACGGGACGAUGUGGAGGAAAUGGUGUUAUUCUGCUAGUUUGUUGAAUCGAAGGUUGUUGGCGAAUCGUGUUCGCACACCUCCUUUGGUUCCGACUACUGGAACUUUAGGGCUCGGGGGAGUUUCUUUGAUUCCGUCGACGGCGGUACGGUCGUCGACCUGGUUGUUGAACAGAGUGGCUCUGUAUUCGUCGUCUGUGGAUUCUUCAAACUCUGCUGGAGGAGCUGGUGGCGAUGGAGAUAAGAGUGACGGUGGCGGCCCUGCGAGUAAGGAAUCUGGUGCGGGAAAUGACAGAGAGACGAUUUCGUUUACGGAGGCCAAAAGGCUGAUGAGAUUGGUCAAUGUUGAGGCGCUGAAGAUGAAGCUAGGGACCGAUGGGAAGGAGGCCAUUGGAUAUUCGGAGCUUUUGGAAGCUUGCGAAAGCAUGGGCGUUGCUAGGUCUCAUGAAGAAGCUGCGGCGUUUGCUCGAGUGCUCGAUGAGGCUGGUGUGAUUCUUCUUUUCCGAGAUAAGGUCUAUCUCCAUCCUGAUAAGGUGGUCGAUCUCGUCAGACGGGCAAUUCCCAUUGCUUUGAUGCCCGAUGACGACCCAACAAGGUGCGAGCUAAAUCAGCUGCAGGAAAAGAAAGAAGAAAUCGAUGUAUUGGCGCAUAAGCAGGUGCGACGAAUCCUGUGGACUGGGCUAGGGUUUGCCAUCCUUCAAGUUGGACUGUUCUUCAGGCUGACAUUCUGGGAAUUUUCUUGGGAUGUAAUGGAACCAAUUGCAUUUUUCACCACAACAACUGGAUUAGUCAUAGGCUAUGCCUAUUUCCUGUUCACUUCAAGAGAUCCCACUUACCAGGACCUGUUGAAGAGGCUCUUCCUCUCGAGGCAAAGGAAGCUGUUCAAGAAGCACUCUUUUGAUGUUUGCAGAUUCAAGGAGUUGCAGAAAAAAUGUAAGUCGCCUCUCGACGCCACCGCGAAUAUAAAAAAUCGGGUGGGCAUAGAUUUGGACCUCGAGGAUUGUCUGAGUAGAGAUUAACUAAUUACCCUUCCUUAAUUAGAGAGGUAAAGGGGUUAACUACUAUUAACAUCCCUAAUCUUUUGUUUCUGGGGGCUGCCAUUCAAUUUUGAAAUUGAGUUAUAAACUAGUAAAGAAUAUAUUUGCCUUGUUCAAUCAAAUAUGGAAUGGAAUGGAAACUCAAAUAGCCAUGCCAUUUUGAAA